AUGUCAGGGCUGGAGAGGACUUCUGAGAGGAAAAAGCAAAGGUUUGGGGGUACGGGGAGCAACUUUAAAUUUGUGUCUCAGGAAAUUCAGAGCUUCUGGAGUCACCAUUCCCUCCUGAUCCUAAGGUGGUCGGUCGGCUUCCGAGCAACAGAUUUUGAGAAGAGGGGGAAAAAGGAAGUUUGUCCGGUCCUGGAUCAAUUUCUUUGUCACGUGGCCAAGACUGGAGAAACAAUGAUUCAGUGGUCCCAAUUUAAAGGCUAUUUUACUUUCAAACUGGAGAAAGUGAUGGAUGAUUUCAGAACUUCAGCUCCUGAACCAAGAGGUCCACCCAACCCUAAUGUCGAAUAUAUUCCCUUUGAUGAAAUGAAGGAAAGAAUACUGAAAAUUGUCACUGGAUUUAAUGGUAUCCCUUUUACUAUUCAGCGGCUAUGUGAAUUGCUAACAGAUCCAAGGAGAAAUUAUACAGGAACAGACAAAUUUCUCAGAGGAGUAGAGAAGAAUGUGAUGGUGGUUAGCUGUGUAUAUCCUUCUUCAGAGAAAAACAAUUCUAAUAGUUUAAAUCGAAUGAAUGGUGUUAUGUUUCCUGGAAAUUCACCAACUUAUACUGAAAGGGCUAAUAUCAAUGGGCCAGGAACACCUAGGCCACUUAAUCGACCAAAGGUUUCUAUGUCAGUCCCCAUGACAACCAAUGGCUUGCCUGAGAGCACAGAUGACAAAGAUUCAAACUUACAGCAAACUGAGGACAAAAGUCACAGUCAUUCUCCAACGCCUGGAUCAGAAAGCUCCUCAGUGAGCCCAAUGAAAAAUAAACAUCCAGUUGAAGAUGCUGUGGACGCUGAGGGGCAUGAGGUAAAAAGACUUCGGUUUGACAGAGAAAGUGAAGUCAGGGAGACAGCCAGUCAGACAUCUUCCAGUGAAAUUUCUUCCGUUCUGGUAGAAGAAACAGAUGCAUCAUCUUCAUCUCAGGAUAAAGACAAAGAAAGUGCUUGUUCCAGGCAACACUGUACAGAAGAGGAGGAUGAGGAGGAGGAAGAGGAGGAAGAAGAAGAGUCUUUUAUGACAUCAAGAGAAAUGAUCCCUGAAAGAAAAAAUCAAGAAAAAGAAUCUGAUGCCUUAACUGUGAAUGAGGAGACUUCUGAGGAAAAUAAUCAAAUGGAGGAAUCUGGUCUGACUCAAGCCGGGAAAGAUUUCCAUUCUGAAGAUAGUGAGAACACAGGCCCAGGCAGUGGUGGCUCUGAUUGCCAUGAAACAGAGGAAUUGGCAGAACCCAGCUCUAAUGAGACUGGAGAGGUUCUCUCAGAAUCAUCCAUGGAAAACGAUGAUGCAGCCACAGAGGUCACAGAGGAACCAAUGGAACAAGACUAAUUAGAGACAGUAUUUUACAUACAGUUCUGGUUUUACACUGUAUAAAACUUUUAUGUAAUAAAGUGGACCUUUAGUUUUACAAGAGAAGCAGGUUGUAAUAUAAAGUAUUUUGUGGGAUAAAUCCUGAAAGAGUUGUACAUGUAAGAACUAUGAAUAUUGGUUCCAUAGGUCCUGCUUACCGCUGACUGUUUUGGUUUGGUCAAAUCAGUGGUUUGUGUGUAUAGAUUUUUUUUUUUAGAAUUAAAGUUUUUUAACUGGAAAGUAAUUAUAAUUUUGAAAACCUUUUGGAGAUUAUUUAGUUUAUACAUACACAAAAAAGCUUUUUGUCUUGUCUUUUUCUGACAGCUCUAGCAGUUUUCAUAUUUUGGUCAUAGUUUCAACAUUUUAACGUGAAUUUUAGGGUUUCAUGCUGAUUUCCAGAUUUUAUUGUUUGACUGUACAAUGGAACUUUAAGUCAUAUAUGCAUACAUAUAUAUAUAUAUACAUAUAUAUACACAUAUAUAUUAUUCUAAGGGGGAAAUGUUAUAUUUUUCUGUUUCUAUAAGAGAUGAAUAAAUACAGUGGAUACUUUUUCUAUUGGUCAUGACUAAGUUCACUCUUUCAGAAGACAGUUUCUUUCUCUUCUAAGUAACUCAAAUAAAAUUUGGCCCUUGUGAAACCCUGGAAAUCUAGAGUCUGUUGAAAUACCAGGUUAAACACAUUCCAAGAGAUCUGUUCAAACAAAUUCUUUUGUAUACCUCUGAGGUGCCUGAAACGACUUCAUUAUUUAUGAGAAAAUGUCCUUUAUCUUGGAAAUUGUGUUCAAACAUGAGCUUACUAUUUUGUAGAAUGAAUGCUUAUAAAGCUGACAUGAGAACGUCUCAGAACUGAGCAGUUUCCUUAACUUUUUGCUUGCUUUUCUGAACAUUGUGAAUAUUACACAUUUCUUUCUAAAUUAUUCUAGAGUAUAAUAUGUCAAUGAUAUGAAACACCACUGUACUGGAAGAAUUAAUAUAUUACUUUAGUAAUGUACUGGAGCUAAAUGACUAAAGCUUUAGGGGUGCAUAGAAAUCACCAUAAUUUGUAUGACAUUUUGAAGUGAAUUAAAUAUUUUUGAACAUGCUUCUUCAACAGCCAGUGUUAUAUUUUUCAGAUCAACAGAAAGCACAAUAAUUACUGUAAACUCAAUAUUUUCAAAUUCACAUAUCUAAUGUCAUGUAAGAUGCAAUUUUCCUGUCAAAUUACUGGCUGCCAAAUUUAUACCUGUUUCUUUGGCUGUACCUUUUGAUAUUUAGAAUUUUUAAAUUUCUGUAAAGUAGAUUUUGUAGGAUGUAAUGUGUUCACUGCCUUUGUGACGCGGUAUAUAACUGUAAAUUUCUGUGUGUAAACUGAAUGCUUGGGCUUUCAAUACAGUAUUCAUAUAAAGCAAUAAAUACUAAUGUUAUGAAA